UUCUGCCUUCGCUGUUUGACUUGCAGCGGUGUUCUCACCGGACGCUUGCUAGUAAUCAAGAUGCACGCGAAAUGUUUUGGGGACGCAACUCAGGGAGUGCGAAGCUAAGUCACGACAAUCUCGAGACUUGCAACUGCAGAUUCGUCGAGGACACCCAGGUUGCCACCCGGAGCGGGUUCUUCGGUGUCUUCAGGUUGACUCUACAGCUUCUUAUCUUGCAGUCUUGGUCAGGAGUCGGCCGAGUACCUCAAGGCUAUCUAUGCCGGGGAGGCCCUCCGAACUGGCCUCCUCAUGCGCGCUUAUCAUACUAGCGGCCUUAUCAUGGAAGGAUAAAUACUGCGAUGUCUCCGUCCACCUCAUUCCCCGCGUACCAUCAUGCAGGUCCUCCGCCUUCUUCCUCUUGUCCUUGCCAACCUCGCUCUUGCGUCGCAGACCCCGCUUACUGCGCCGGACGCGGAGCGCGUGGUUGACGUGAGCAAGGAGCCAUGGACGUCCAAGUACGGCUCGCAGGAGGACCUCGGGUACAGCGGCCCGCUCAGCUUCAGCCACAUGCCAUACUCCCGCUGCCUCGACGAUGCGAAUGCGAGAUUCGACAUCGCCAUCCUUGGGUUCCCUUUUGACACGACUGUCUCGUACCGGCCAGGCGCACGAUUCGGCCCCUAUGGCAUCCGAUCUGGCUCAAGGAGACAACGUCCGGAUGGCUGGACACUCGCAUGGGGCCAGAGCCCUACUGAGCUCGGUGCAUCCUUGAUCGAUUGCGGCGACGUUCCCCUGAGCGCGUACGACAACCUCAAGGCGCUCGACCAGAUGGAGGCCGCAUACACGACAUUAUUGGGCCGUCCGGUUGCAAGUGCUGCGAAGGCGACCCGUAUCACGUCUCGAAGCGCAUCUCUCGCGCUCGACGGUAUACCGCACCCUGCGAUCGUGACGCUUGGUGGUGACCAUACUAUAACGCUUCCCAUCCUGCGCUCCCUUUCGAAGUUCUACGGAAAGAUCUCGGUUAUCCACUUUGAUUCCCACUUCGAUACGGGCAAGUCGGGAAAUGAGACCGGCAAAUACGAGCGCAUCACGCACGGCUCCUACUUUACUGUGGCGUACGAGGAGGGCCACAUGACGAACCGUAGCGUACACGGUGGUAUCCGGCAGAAGAUGCGGGACCACCUUCAGCUCCGCCACGAUGAGGAUGUCGGCUUCGAGGUUAUCAGCGCAGAGGACAUCGACGACUACGGUCUCGACAACGUUGUCAGCGCUAUUCGUGCGCGUGUCGGCGACACACCUGUCUAUCUCACUCUCGAUAUCGACGUGAUUGACCCGGCCUUCGCCCCUGCUACGGGCACGCCCGAGGCUGGCGGCUGGUCAGUACGCGAGAUGAAGCGCAUCCUGCGCGGACUGACUGGGCUGAACUUCGUGGGCGCGGAUCUGGUCGAGGUCGCUCCCGCAUACGACAAUGCCGACGUGACGAGCAUCGCUGCCGCCGAUCUCGUACACGACUUCCUCGCGAUGAUACAGAUGGAUGCCCCCCCGCCGAAGCACAACGGACCCUUCCUUAUGAAGGGCAAGGCAGAGUUGUAAAUCGAUGAGGACCGCCUCUACUGUGCUCGCGAGACGUACAUGGAAUGCGUUACAAGCGUAGACAAAUCGUGUACAUCUAGGCAUCCAUUCUGUAAACUUGUAUCGGUC